AUGGAAUCCUCCGCAGAGCCUGGGAUGCCUUUGCCCAAAUACUGCAGCAUGGCCACAACCCUGGAGGUCCCCGCCUGGGCCGGCACUGCUCCUCCCUGGGACUUCACCUUCCCCUGCCCCUUUGGCACCCAAGCACCCUGGCUCACCUGGCACAGCCCUCUCACCAGAUGUGUGUCUUAUCAACCAUACCUCCAUGUGGCCGAGCCAGCGUGGCAGGGGCCUCGCUGGCUGGGAAGAGCGGGAGAUGCUGCCGGCACAUGGGUCCUGGCGAGAAGGGAACCAGAUGGCUUUUAUUACCGGGCUCAGAUAAAGACUGCUCCGGAGCUGGAGAGGCAGGGGGCCCUGCUCGUGGAAUUUGAGGUUCCGCUUGUCACAGGCCCAGAGCUGCCAGCCCAGCGGCAGAGCGUGGUCUUAGAAGAAGAUGUCAUUCAGUUCUCGCCAUCCACGGAACGCUCACUGCAACCUGGGGACAAGGUGCUGGCCCCCUGGGAGCCAGACAGACAGCGGUACGGCCCCGCCACUGUCUUGGGCUUGGAGGCGAGAGAUCCCCAGAGAGCAUGGAAAGAAGAAAUUACUGUUCACUUCUGGAAUGGCAAGACAGCUACGGUGCCUCUAGGUGGGGUCAGGUGGGUGCCCCCCGCUGUCUGGAAGAAGGCUAUGGAGAAACUGCGCUGGCCUUUGACCAGGGAGCACCCCAGUGCCCUCCUCAGGGCCCCCUGCUGCUCUCUGCUGGGGCCGGGCACUGCAUGUGUCACCUACAGGCUUCCACUGGGUCCCCCGUUCCUGUGCCCGCCCUGCCACCCCCACGCCUGCUGCCACCUGCUGUGCCAGGGCUGCCUGGGCUGCCCUUUGGCCGGACCCACCUGGUGGCCUCUAACCAGGGCCUCGGGGGUCACAGCCAGAGAACAUCCAGAGGCAGAGCUGAAGCCCACAGCACGGCUCUUGCCCCUGGAGGCUCCUAAAGAGGAGGAAGGAACAGUGCUAGCUCCCAUAGCUGUGUCCUCCUCCUCUGAAGAGGAUGUAGAGAAAGAUCUGGAGAUGGGCCCCCGCCAGAGGCCGAUGGUGGACAGCACAGCCAACACAGACCCCGUGCCUGCUGAGAAGGCUCCGAGGAGGCCGGGUGGCCCCUGCCAGCCCGAGUGGAGGUACUGGAGGAGAAAUGGGCCUGAGCCGCAGCCUGGGAAGCCAGGAAAAAGAUGUUGUGACAUCCAGAAGGAAGUGAAGGGCACCAAACAACAGAGAGAACAAACUGCAGUAGAGGGGAACGCCAAGGAGCUGGCCCUGGAAGCGACCGACACGGAGCCCCUGCAGCUCCCACCAGAGAAAGCAGCAAGCAGAGCGCUGAGUCCGGGAGCUGCUGAGGCGCGUCCGAGACGCCAGAGCUCCUCAGACUAAACGCCCCGAGGACCCAGGUAAAGUAGCAUGGCUGGGAAGGGACUUUUUUUUAUUUUUAUUUUUUCAACGACAGUUGACAUUCAAUAUUAUUUUAUAGAUUCAGAUAUACAGCAUAGUUGUUAGACAAUUACAUAAUUUGCAGAGUGAUCCCCUGAUAAUUCCUUCACUCACCUGGCACCAUACACAGUUAUUACAACAUCACUGACUGUAUUCCCUAUGCUGUACUUUACAUCCCCAUGACUAUUUUAUAACUACCUUGUUUUUCCUUCUGAAUCCCUUGGGGAGGGGUUUCUUAAGGACUCCUUCUAUGGUUCUUCAACCUUUUGGUGUCAUACCCUCUUUGAAAAUAAAACCCAUAACUCUUCUUUCCAGAAAAAUUCAUAUACCCACAAUUUUGCACAUAAUUUCAAAUGCCUUACAGAACCCCCAAACGUCAUUAUAAGCUAUGUAGGAGAGCCAGAGUCCCCAGUUAAAUGACCCUCUAUUUGGUGAUGGGCACGGGUCUGCUUUACUAAGCCGUGUCCGUGGGAGUCUGAUUCUCAUUAGGAUUGCUAAUAUAGCGCUACUUAAAACUUCAUGUUCAUCAUAUAAAGUGCUGGCGUUUUUGCCCUGAGGGAAGACUUGUCAUGUUCAAAAUGAGAUAACUAGGCAACUAAACUGAGAGGUGCAGCAAUACUGUUGGUGAGGUAGCUUCAACGUUAAGGACUCACUGAUGACUUUUUAAAAUCAGUGUCUUUUGAUCCUUAAAAUUACAGUCAGCCUAAGACUCUGAGGGCUUUUUCCCCUUAUAGGAAGCUACAGGCAGUAGAUGCCUGAGGAAGAGUUACCGAGUGGCUGGCAAAGCCUCCAGUGGAAGGAGGUAGCGUGCAGGCCACAGAGGCUGAGUAAGCAGCGGCGUCUUCGCCCCAUUGUGACUUCCCGCAGAGGGGCAGCAGGAAGGCACCUGUCGUGAGAGGCACCAGUGUGCUGGCGGCCCUGGCCAGGGCUGCCUGCCCCGUGAGGGCAGCUUGA